GUAACAUGUGGGUCAGGAUGAGUUUUCUGGGUAAACUAAACCCAGAAAGUCUAAAACUGCGCAUAGGGUCUUCUAUAUUCCUUCCCUGUUUCAGGUGAGUUUAGUAUGAAUGAGAAAACCACAGCUGGAGGAGAGAUUCAGUUGAUUGAUCUUUCUAAUCUGUUGCAGUUGUUCUUCACAUCAGAUUGUUGUGAUUUCUAGCUAACGGAGUUCAUUGAUUUCCAUCUGUAAUCUUCAAAAGUUCAUUCUGAUCACUGAAUCAGGGGGGCACCAUCGAGAAGCUUCAAUUGAAUCACAAAAAGGGCACCCCAAUUUUGAUUUGCUUUAGGCCUCCAAAAAUGUUGAGCCGCCCCUCGUGUAACUUGAGAUCGUUCAUGCACUGAUAUCACAGUGCAAAAAAGAAACAUAACUUAGUUUUUCUGUAACAAUGGAAGAAACGUAAAUAAUCUAUAUUUGUGGCAGUUAUUUAUUGACCGUGAGAAUAUUGGAGCUUUAUUUUGAGAAUGCCAGAUCAAUGCUACCAUAUUUUUGCAAAUUGGGUAUAAAGAUGAAGAUACAUUGCUUUAAUCAGAAGAUGUUUUCUACUUCAGCCCUUUCACCCUUACAACUUCCUUCUCGAAUGGAAACUCAUCUAUGGUAUGUAUUACCCAAUGAAGUGAAAAGUCAAUCUUUACUAAGUCAAUAUGUUGACCUUUUAUCGCCACCUGAGAAAGACCACGUGUUCAGUAUGCGUGGAGAUGAAUUGCAAAAAAGUUCUUUAUUAGCUCGUGCGCUUGUUCGUACUACUAUAUCCCGAUAUCAGAUACGUUCUUGUGUCAGCCCAAAGUCUCUUGUGUUCGGAAAGAACGCCCAUGGGAAACCAGAGGUAAUUUGGGAACAAAGAGAUGAUUGGCCUCCCCCACCGUUGCAUUUUAAUCUCUCCCACACAUCAUCUCUGAUAGCAUGUGGAGUGACUGUUGAUUCUCCGAUUGGUAUUGAUGUAGAAGAAAAGCAAAGGACAAUGAAAAACAAUAUUCUGUCAUUUGCCAAACGCUACUUCUCUCGUGAAGAAGUGGAAGUAUUAAGUGCAAUUUCAGACCCCGAAGCUCAGCGUCACCAGUUCAUUAAGUUGUGGACACUAAAGGAAGCGUAUGUUAAAGCGUUGGGAAUAGGCUUCUCAGGCGCUCCUUUCAACACCUUCACCAUUAGAUUCAGCGAUGCUAAUACAAAUCCCGAGGAUUCUACAAUAGCAAUUGUGCCCCUAGAGAAGCAAACCAACCUUACAACCAAUUGGCAGUUUGCACAGGUGGAACUGGCUGGUUCUCACUAUGCCGCCAUUUGCCGGCAAAAAGAUGAUCUCUCAGGAGGGUGUUCGAUGAAAGUGAUCGUGCGGAAGACAAUUCCUCUCAUUGAAGAACACCGGAUUGAUUCAAUUAAUGAUUUGACUUGAUCUUGAUGCAAACCUGUUGAAAUUAAUCUUAUAAAGCAGAUAAAUGAUUUUAAACCUAUUUAACUAUGAACAUACUUACAUUUUGACUUUGUAUUGUACUAGUUUUGUAUCCCACAAAGAACUUAUAUACAGUUACAUGCAUAUAGUUGCUUGUCAUCGAACUUUA